CAUUGCACAAUAACAGUACUAGCUUAACAGUUGAUGCGACUGCAAUAGCAACCAAUAAUAAUAAUAAUUGAAUAAAGAAAUUAACCGAACAUGAAGCCAACAGUCACUAGCGUACUCUUCCUACUUGUCGCCUUGGCCGGCGUUGCCAUUGCCGCCAAUAGCUCGUGGGGCAAACGUAAUAGCACGGAUAUAUUAUUGUUACGUGAGAAUGUGUUCCGUACACCGCUUAGAAAUGGCUAUCAGAGUGUUAAUGUAGAUUUCCCCAAAUCGGGCCAGACCAACACCCGUGCCAUUUCAGCCAUUUUCAUUAUCGAUCGCUUCACCAACAGUUCCGGCGCUUAUGGCAGCUUGUGGUCCGGCGGUGUCGACUAUCGUUUUGCCUCCAUCAAUUUGAAGAGUCAAUAUAAUCGUGGUAUUAACUCAACUGUGGAAAUUUAUGGCAGACGGUAAACGGUAAACGUGCUUCUUUGACGAAAGAAAAUAACACUCACGUGCAAACAUACAAACUUACAUAUUUACAAGCGUAAUAGCGUAAUAGUGCAACAAAAGCGCACUAGUUUUGUAAUACAACAACUGUUUGUAUGCUUAUGCGCAUGUGGCAAGGUUUUAUGUGUAUUUUUUAUAUGACAAUAAACAACAACUUUGAUUAGCGUAA